UGGAGACAGCCGGCAUCGGUGGCACACAAUACGUGCUCCCCCUUCCAAGCCUCCUUCAACCGCGUCAAACAGAACCACAUGCAUCAUUCCUCUAUAUAAACUCACUCUCCUUCUUCACCUUUCACACUCUCUUUUCUCUUCACAAAUAAAAAAAGUUAAUUGGAUCUGCCACAGGAGCAACGAAUGGCCGGACAGACAUACGAGGAAGCCAUUGCAGCGUUGACCAAGCUUAUAAGCGAGAAAACCGACCUGGGUGCCGUUGCCGCCGCAAAAAUAAAGCAGUUGACGACGGAGCUGAAGAGCGACGCGUCGAAGCCAUUUAACCCGGACGAGAGGAUCCGAACCGGAUUCGACCACUUCAAGAACGAGAAAUUCCAGAAGAAUCCAGAAUUAUAUGGUGAACUUGCCAAAGGCCAGAGUCCUAAGUUUCUGGUGUUUGCUUGCUCAGACUCAAGAGUUUGCCCUUCCCAUAUUCUGGAUUUCCAACCGGGUGAAGCGUUUGUUGUCCGAAAUAUAGCCAACAUGGUUCCUCCCUAUGACAAGACCAAGUAUUCAGGAACAGGGGCGGCCAUUGAAUAUGCAGUGCUGCAUUUAAAGGUGGAGAAUAUUGUGGUCAUUGGACACAGCUGCUGUGGAGGUAUAAAGGGCCUCAUGUCCAUCCCAGAUGAUGGGACCACUGCAAGUGAAUUCAUAGAGAAUUGGGUCCAAAUUUGCACCCCGGCAAAGUCCAAGGUUAAAACUGAAGCAGGCACACUAGAAUUCUCGGAGCAGUGUACCAACUGCGAGAAGGAAGCUGUAAAUGUAUCAGUUGGGAACCUUUUGACUUAUCCAUUUGUGAGAGAUGGUGUUGUGAAUAAAACGCUUGCUUUGAAAGGUGCACAUUACAAUUUCGUUAAGGGUACCUUUGAGCUGUGGGAUCUGGACUUCAAAAUCUCUAACUCUGUGUCUGUUUAAGAUCGGUGAAGCACUAAACCAAAGUGUUCUUAACCCUGUAUGCAUGUUGUUCAUGUACAUGAUCUUCCCUUUGCAAGUGUUUCAUACAAGAAUCCCCUUUCCUCAAAUCCCCAGAAAAAAAGAAACGAACACUGCUCAAAUAAUGGUCUUAGUCUUGAGACCAAUCCAUAAGUUAUUUUUUUCAUCGUUUUGGUUACAUUAGGCGAACUUCAGAACUGAUCUAGCUACUAAAAUCAAGCAAUGGAUUUGAUUUAGUAGAAGAUGUGUUCAGAAUUUAAAUGUGAAAAUUCAUAAACUCAUUAUAAGAUUUUAGUUUAAAGAUACUGUCAGAUGUAUGUUUGAUUUUAA